AUGGUUAAGGCGGCCGCUGCAGACAAGGAGAAGGAUGUUCCCGAGACUGAUACUCGUGAGCAGCAGAAACACAAGGGCAUGGUGCAGCUCAAGGGUGCUGCUAAGAAGGAGAAAUCGUUGGUGCUAAAUGUGGGAGGUUAUGUAGCUGAUGAGGCUAAGGAGUUUGGUGAACCCAAGGUGAAGUUGGGCUUGAAGGAAGCCGAGAUUGCGGGGGAGCAGAUGAGUGCAUUCCCUAAAACUGGAGUUGGGAUAAGCUAUGCGGCGGCGCUGGUGAAAGGCAAACGCAAAGAGUUAGUUCAGGAGGGAAAGCAGUUUGGCAAGGAUAUGAAUACUCCUAUUCGGUCGGCCCUGCGUCUGCCCCGAGCGGGAGACGCCGCACCGGUAAGGGCAAGGGGGGCAAGGGCGCUGGAGGGGCUAGCGGGGGCAGUGGAGGUGGUGGUGGAGGCAGUGGAGGGGGUGGGGGUGGUGGUGGUAGAGGUGGCGGGGGUGGAGGUGUCGGUGGCAGCAGUGGAGGCGGAGGAGGCGGCAGCGGUGGCGGAGGGAGCGGAGGCGCUGGAGGCGGUGGAGGCGGCGGAGGUGGCGGAGGCAGCGGGGGCAGCAGUGGAGCUGGUCGCGGCUCUGCGCAGAGGAGUGGGUCCGGUGGUGGUUCGCGCCAGCAGCAGCGCGUCAGCGCGGUGGGGGUACUAG